GAGAAAGGAAACUAUCAAAUUCAUAUCAGCGUCAGAGGGCUUUCCACUCUCUUAUCUAUUUCGCUCUCUCUCUGGUAAUUAAGCAUUCUUCAAGCUUCGAUCUAUUGUAAGUGAUUGAUAUGCAGAUUGAGAAAAUGGAGGGCGGAUUCGAGACCCAGGUGGGUUUUGGGAAGGAACAUUACGAGCAGUCUGUCGUUAGGAAGAAGGGAUCUGGGCAAUUGGGGUGCAUGCAUUACAGACGGAGAUGCAAGAUCAUAGCUCCUUGUUGUGAUGAGGUUUUCGACUGCAGGCAUUGCCAUAAUGAAUCCAAGAACUCGUUGGCUGUUGAACCCGUUAAUCGCCAUGAUGUUCCUCGCCAUGAUCUCAAGAAGGUCAUCUGUUCAAUGUGCAGCACAGAACAAGAUGUUCAGCAGUACUGUAGGCAAUGUGGGGUUUGCAUGGGAAACUACUUUUGCCCCAAAUGCAAGUUUUUUGAUGAUGACGUUUCGAAAAAGCAGUAUCAUUGUGACCAAUGCGGUAUCUGCAGAACCGGAGGUGCGGAGAACUUUUUCCACUGUGACAGAUGUGGAUGCUGUUACUCAACAGUGCUGAAGGACUCACACAAUUGUGUGGAAAAAGCAAUGCAUCACAAUUGUGCUGUGUGCUUUGAGUUUCUUUUCGAUACAAUGGCAGACAUUACUGUCUUACCAUGUGGGCACACUAUACAUUUGGAAUGUUUAAAAGAGAUGGAGCGGCAUUUCCAGUAUUCUUGCCCAGUUUGUUCAAAAUCGUACUGUGAUAUGUCACGUGUGUGGGCUAAACUGGACGAGGAGAUUGCCGCAACUCCAAUGCCUCCAAUGUAUGCCAAUAAGAUGGUCUGGAUCCUCUGCAAUGAUUGUGGGCAAUCCUCGGAGGUAAAUUUUCACAUGGUGGCACACAAAUGCCUCAACUGCAAAUCCUACAAUACGAGGCAGACACAAGGGGGGCCAGCGUCAUGCUCAUCAAGGGUUUCACAGAUGGUGAGGUGAAUGACUUGCAGGUCAUUACCAUAUGAUGCAUUUUAGUUCCUAAGUUGGGUUGGUCAGGGUCAGAAAAGGAAGCUUUUAGUUCUGGGUAAGGUUGGAGUAUUAGUUAGUGCUUGUCCCUUAUUCAUUGCCUACUAGUUUCUCUGUAGGUUCACUGGUUGAAUAUUUGCUUUGAGCAAAUUUUCACAUGCCAGUGGAGAGGGAUAAGGUUUGCUUUCUAAUAGUAUGAGAAUAAAUUGUAUGACGCUUUAUCAUGUAUAAAGUAUGUUCCCAUAUAUCAUAGGUGCCACUGUGAUAAUCAAUUUUGAUCCAAAUAUAAGUAUAGGACUAUAGGCCUAGGUUUGUAACUGAUAUUACUCAUAUUAGAGAUUCAAAAAGGGCCAAAGCUGAAAGACAGAGACGUAUAGAAGCUUUGAGGGAAUGAGAGACAGACGUUAACCUUGUUUGUUCUCAUAACCUUUCGUAUUCCUCAAACUAUUUCCCGAUUGAACUUUUGGAAUGAUAAUGGUUUCACUUGCUUACA